GUCCAUUGCCACGGGCAAUAUUCUCAUAUUUGGGGGAUUUAUUUUUGUCCAAGAACUUUUUUUCAGGAUCACUUUCUAAUUUUCUUUGUAAUCCCUCAAACGAACUGAAAGUUUUGAACAUUCUUCACGUUGAAUCAAAUCUUCUGUCAGGUGAAAUUCCAGAUUGUUGGGAAAAUAUGCCAAUGUUGGAAGUCCUAAAUUUAGGAAACAACAAUCUAACUGGGAAAAUUCCUAGAUCCUUGGGAUCUGUGCGUCUUAUUAAGUCAUUAAGCCUUCGUAACAAUAACCUGUUUGGAGAAGUACCAUCCAUAUUGCAGCACCUAGUUAAUAUGCUUGUUCUUGAUCUUAGUGAAAAUCAAUUGACGGGUAGUAUUCCAGCAUGGAUUGGAGAGAAGCUCUCAAACCUUGUGGAGCUAUUCCAAAAUGUUUUAGCAACCUAA